GAAUUCACGUCUCUGUCUCUGUCAAAAAAAAAAGAAACUGUCAAAUAUCGGCUGGCGCUGGCUAUCGGUAAACUGAAAAAUUGUUGGUGAUAAACAAUUUGAGUCAAUUUAUUACAUUGAAAAUAUGCAGAAAUAUGAAAAGCUCGAAAAGAUCGGUGAAGGAACCUAUGGCACAGUGUUUAAAGCUAAAAACAAGGAAACGCACGAGAUCGUCGCCCUAAAACGCGUGAGGUUAGACGACGACGAUGAAGGCGUCCCUUCCUCCGCUCUGCGCGAGAUUUGUCUCCUCAAAGAGCUCAAGCAUAAGAAUAUCGUUCGGCUCUACGACGUGCUGCACAGUGAGAAGAAGCUAACAUUGGUGUUCGAACAUUGCGACCAGGAUUUGAAGAAGUACUUCGACAGCUUAAACGGAGAGAUAGAUUUGGAUGUGGUGAAAUCUUUUAUGUAUCAAUUACUUCGUGGUCUAGCCUUCUGCCAUAGUCACAACGUUCUGCAUCGUGAUUUGAAGCCCCAGAAUCUGCUUAUAAAUAAAAACGGCGAGCUUAAAUUGGCGGAUUUUGGUUUAGCUAGAGCGUUCGGUAUUCCUGUGAAGUGUUACUCGGCGGAGGUCGUGACGCUGUGGUACCGGCCGCCUGACGUUCUUUUCGGCGCGAAACUGUACACCACCAGCAUUGACAUGUGGUCUGCUGGCUGCAUAUUUGCUGAGCUGGCCAACUCAGGGCGGCCUUUGUUCCCUGGCUCUGAUGUUGAUGAUCAGUUGAAGAGGAUUUUUAAAUUACUAGGCACACCAAACGAAGACACAUGGCCUGGAGUGACUCAGCUGCCUGACUACAAGCCGCUGCCGGUGUACCAACCGAGCUUAGGGCUGGCCCAGGUGGUGCCCCGCCUGCCCGCCCGGGGCCGCGACCUCCUGGCCCGCCUCUUGACCUGCAACCCGGCGCUCCGUAUGCCCGCUGACGACGCCAUGGCCCACGCCUACUUCCACGACCUCAAUCCAUCCGUCAAGAAUGACAGAUGUUAACAAUCAAUCCACCCAUACAAAUGUACCUCUGAACUAUUAUUUUGUGAUAAGAACACUGCAGAGAUACAGGAGUGUUGUGAUGAAGAGACAUUGACAUAGUUAUAAGAAUUAAUGUGAGGAUU